CGUGUAAUAGCCUACUGGUAGACAGAGAAGGAAGGAACCGUUGUGUUGAUCUUAAACCAUAAAUAAAAAUAAAAUAUAAUCACGCCUUCUUCUUUAAAGCUAAGGUAAUUUUGUGACCUACAAUGUUGCUGCGAAUCUUGAGAAUGUGGUGGUUUUGCAUGAGACAACAUCUGGACGCUCAUUUUUAGCUAGCCAGCUGUUUUGGUGUUGGGCGUAAAAGAAAGAAAAAAGAAAGAAUCUACGUUUUGUUGUGUGUCGCAAAGUGAAUAUGCCACGAAACAACAGCAAGCCGUCACUCAUCCAAAACAUCGCAAACCAAGCGCAGCUUACGUUUAAAAACUGCGACGACGGUAAAGAUUUUUUGGGGAAUUUGGCGGAACUCCGCGCGCUUCUGAGCGAAAUCAGGGCCGCAGACCUGAACAUCGCGCCCCCUAAGAAGGGCUCUGGCUCGGGGUCGCGGGCACGCCGCAGAGCUCCAGUCACCUACAUGCACAUCUGUGAAACCCCGACGUUCAGCAUGGGCGUGUUUGCGCUGCGGAGCGGCGUCUCCAUCCCUCUGCAUGACCACCCGGGAAUGAACGGCAUGCUCAAAGUGCUCUACGGCAAGGUCCGGAUCCGCUGCUUCGACAAGCUGGACGGGCCUCCUGACCCAGAACUUUACGCCGGUACCGUGUCCGUGGCUGGGAGUGACACUGUGCAGAGGGACGCGGUGUGCCUGGCCGCGCUGCGCUCCAGCGGUGAGUUCACACAGCAGAGCGCGCCGUGUGUGUUGAGUCCUCACAGGGACAACCUGCACCACAUCGACGCGCUCGACGGACCCGCCGCAUUCCUGGACAUCUUGGCACCGCCGUAUGACCCGGAUGACGGCAGAGACUGUCACUAUUACCGAGUUUUACGCACAGCCAGCAAGAACGGGGACGACAAAAAGGGAGAAGAGACCGCGUGUCUUUUAGAGAUCCCUCAACCGGAGGAGUUCUGGUGCGGGGGCGAGUCUUACUCUGGCCCUAAAGUUACCGUGUAGGGACGCCUUAUUGAGCUGGGAUGAGUUUACCAAAGUUACAGAGGGUUCAAAGUAAUAUUCACAAGAACGAGUACUAAACUUUUUAAAGGUGUAAACGAAAGAGACAAAGUAUGUCACCUUUAGCUGAACAUUUUAGUGACAGGAAAUGGUACAAAUAUGUAUUUAAUAAAUGAAAGUAAUUACAGCCUACAGUUUCAUAACAUCUUAUUAAUUCAGCUCGAACUGUGACCGUGGAACAUUAAUAAUCUGUUUAAAUCUCUCCUUUUUAUGAAAUGUUCACUUGGUCAAUGUUUCAAACUACAGAAAGAACGUCCUUUAUCCCGAUACAGUCUUCAAGGACAAACUGCUCUUAUUACAGAUUAGAAUCACAAUGCACUUUUUUAACAUUUAUGGCAUUAAAACAACAUUUAUUAGAUAUUAUUAGAAAUUCAAGGAAGUGACAAGGUGAUUUUCCUUUGAAUUUCUUUUAACGUCGCAUGACUUUUAUUAAGGUAUAAACACUAACUAAUCUCCACCUCUAAACCCUUUCCUUAACCUUUACAACUUCUUACACUCCUUAAAUCAGAUCCUGCUGAUUAAAGCCUGGUCACAUGGGUGUUUUAACCAGAGGUGUUUAUGUUUGUGGAACAGAAACACUCAUCUGAUGUUUCGGAGUUCAGUCAGAGCGUACACCAACACACUUAACCUUCUGUAUUAGUGUAGAAAAGGUCAGUAUCCUGGCAGAGGGUCUGAGGAGAACAACCAGCUUGACUUUCAAAAAUAAACGAACCAAACAGUAGUUUUCCUCGUCAUCGUUGUGAUAAUGUCAAGGGAACCUAGGAACCUGUUUCUAGUGUACCUUUAAUCAGCUACUGCACUAAAAGUGGUUAUUAUGGUUCAAUUAUUUAUCUUAUAAUUCUUUCUCGGUAUAAAGUUUGGGGAAAAGAAAUCUUUAUUUCUGAAAAAUUCUAGUAUCGAGGUGUAUUUCUAAACCCAGUGUUUCUCAGUCCUGCUUUUCUGCAAUGGUUAUUUUAUUUUAUUCUUCAUUCUCUAAUGUGUUUGAAUGACUAUUAGGGUCAGAUGUAUUACAGGAGGGAUAAAGUGUCACACCGUGGAACUUCAGGAGAGAGAUUUACUGUGUUUCUGAGAACAUUUUCCUCCCAACUAUAUAUUCCUGAUAAAAUAUAUUGAAUAAUCUCAUUGACCAUUUAUUAGACAUGUGAUUUGUAAUGUUUUCUAUAUAAUGUUGCCAAUUUUAAUUGUAAAAAACAAAGCUGUGGCCUUUCAUAACAAAUAUUGAUUGUAGUCUUGCCUUAAAAACAUGUGCUUGUCUACUUGCACACUACAUAAUGUAGCUUCUGGUAUUUAAUUGUGCUGUAUUUAUUGAAGUUUGUACAAUCAGUUAUGUGUAUUUUUUUCUAUGGAUUAUAUUCUGUUAUAAACAUAAAUAAAUGAUUCUAAGACACUGCA